AGGCUGGCAGCUGAAUCCACCAGCUGCUCCUGGUAAACCCUAUAGAGCAGUUGUACUUUGUCCCAUAGGGUCGCUAUGAGUCAGAAUCAACUCCAAAGUAACGGGCUUGGUCUCUGUAGGCUCCGCCCCACUUGCGUAGCAGGCACGCAAGAUGUUCUCCUCCCAGUCGGCUCCGAAAACGUGACUGCUGACGUCCGGCCGCAUUCGCCACGUGAUCGUGACGUCAUCGGGCUCGCGCCGGCCGACCUAACACUCAGCGCCCGCGGGGGUCCUCGUCUUGAUACGGCUGGUUUACGUCACAGUUUAGUUGUGGUUUGGAGUGUUUUGUCUAGGUUCCCUGUGUCGUAUUUCGGAGUCCACCAUGUACCAUAACAGUAGCCAGAAGCGGCACUGGACUUUUGCCAGUGAAGAGCAACUAGCACGUCUUCGGGCCGACGCCAAUCGCAAAUUCAAAUGCAAAGCAGUGGCGAACGGGAAGGUUCUUCCGAAUGAUCCAGUCUUUCUCGAGCCUCAUGAAGAAAUGAUGCUCUGCAAAUACUAUGAGAAAAGAUUAUUGGAAUUCUGUUCAGUGUUUAAGCCAGCAAUGCCAAGAUCUGUUGUGGGUACAGCUUGUAUGUAUUUCAAGCGGUUUUAUCUUAAUAACUCAGUAAUGGAAUAUCACCCCCGGAUAAUAAUGCUCACUUGUGCAUUUCUAGCCUGCAAAGUAGAUGAGUUCAAUGUAUCUAGUCCACAGUUUGUUGGAAACCUUCGGGAGAGUCCUCUUGGACAGGAGAAGGCACUCGAACAGAUUUUGGAAUAUGAACUACUUCUUAUACAGCAACUUAAUUUCCACCUUAUUGUCCACAAUCCUUAUAGACCAUUUGAGGGCUUCCUUAUUGAUUUAAAGACUCGUUACCCCAUGUUGGAGAACCCCGAGAUUUUGAGGAAAACAGCUGAUGACUUUCUUAAUAGAGUGGCGUUGACGGAUGCAUACCUUUUAUACACACCUUCCCAAAUUGCCCUGACUGCCAUUUUAUCUAGUGCCUCAAGGGCUGGAAUUACUAUGGAAAGUUAUUUAACAGAGAGUCUUAUGCUGAAAGAGAACAGAACUUGCUUGUCACAGUUACUAGAUGUAAUGAAAAGUAUGAGAAACUUGGUAAAAAAGUAUGAACCACCCAGAUCUGAAGAAGUUGCUGUUUUGAAACAAAAGUUGGAGAGAUGUCACUCUGCUGAGCUUGCCCUUAACGUAAUUACGAAGAAGAGAAAAGGCUAUGAAGAUGAUGAUUAUGUCUCAAAGAAAUCCAAACAUGAGGAGGAAGAAUGGACUGACGAUGACCUGGUAGAUUCUCUGUAACCAUUUGAAGUUGACAAUUCAAUGCUAACUAAUCAAGAGAAGAAGGAAGCAUAUCUGAAAUACAACUUUAUUUUAAAAGUAGAGUGUGAAAACAUUAAAAUAUAUUAAACUUUUUAAGUUUCUGGUAAUUUAAAAAAUGUUCCUUUUAGAGUAGCUUUAUGUGAAAUAAAAUGCCUUGAAGGGAGCCAUAAUAGCAUAUGGUUUGGAUAGUCUUGCCCCUACCACAACUAGGAUCAAAUGAGUCUUUCUAUGGUAGCAGGUUUAAGUUGCAGUGUAUUUGCCUAUAGUUGAAACAAAACAUGAUCAGUAAUCCUAUCCUUUUUGAAAAACCGCACGGACAGAAAUCAAAAAUUAGAAGUCAGCUUUCUGAAAUGCUUUUUGCCCUCAAGAUACCUUUAUAGACAGUUUCUCAUGCCAUCCUGAUAUACUUAGCUAUGUGUGUUACUACUGGACUCUAGAACAUACUUUAGCUGUUACAUGGCACUAAAAGCUAGUCAUCUUGGGUAAUAAAUGUUUGUUUUCCUCAGUUAUCUGAAAACAUUUCCAAAUGGGUAGGAGAAAUAUGCAGUCUUUGAAUAGCCAGCUGUGUCUAGCUGAAAAUCUUAAGUUGCUAUUGGAAAGCAGACAGUAGCAGAUUCAUUUUUAUAAUUAACCUGUUAGAUUACCUGUAUGUAAAGCCAUAUAAAUCGUUAUGAUUGCUAGGUGUUUUUUUAAAAAUAUCUUCAGGACAUUUAAAAUUAGUUGAUAUAAAAAUGUACCAAAUUACUUGGGUGUUAAAUUAUUACAGUUUCUACCUCACUGUGUGACCUUGGGCAACUUAGUAAACCUCUCUGUACCCAUUUCCCAAGUUGAAAAUGGAGAAAAUACCUACUCCUCACAGAAUAAUCCCUGCAUAUGGUAAGUACUCAAUAAAUGUGAGCUAUGAUACGCAUUUAUUCAAUUUAAUAGUGAUCUUAUUACUCACUUUCUAAAUUGGAACCAAACUGUGGAUGACGUUAUAUUAGACUAAUUUUGGGGGGAGGGGGUGCGGGGGGGAACUGAGUUCAAAGAAUUCUGAGAAACUCAACUGCCCUUAAAUUUUAUGGAGACUCAGCUUGGAUAUAUACACCUCUUCAGUCCCAAAGCAUCUCAGGCUGCACUUUCCAUAAGUGUAGGUACCAUUUUAAUAAGACCUUAGUAUAUGAGGGCUGUGUUUACUCUCUGCAUAUGCUUUUAACAACCUUUUACAUUCUAUGCUUGAGGUCUUUUGGUUUUCUUUUUCCUUUUCACUCUGAGAUGAGAGGAAUAAAAUUACAUGAAGUGGGAUUUCUCAAAAGUGGAGUGAGAGAAGCUGAAGUUCAUAAUUCUGAUGUAGUCCACCGUAAGUAGCACUGUUGCUAGGCCCUAAACAGAGUUGCAGAACAUUCACAGUUUAUCUCCUGUUGCCCUUUCAGAUCAUCAAACAUUGGUUCCAGAACAAGAUCCACAUUUAUCUCUGAAAAAUUUCCCACCCUGCCCCAUUAAAAAAAUUAUAGUGUUUGUGCAAGGUUUUAUUUCAACACUGACCAGCUAGUUACUAUAGGGCCUACGACGCCAAGUGUCAAGUUUCCGUUCCAGUUUAAGAGACAAACGUGAUUAAAAUGUAAAAAGCAGGUCAGUUGGCCAGAAAGCUGUCUUCCAUAUUUCUUGGCAUGGAUGAGUGAGCACCUCCAGCGCUGCAUCUGUUUGUUGAAACAUCUCAACUGAUACUCCAUCAAUACCUGGAGCCUUGUUUUUUGCCAAUGCCUUCAGAGCAGCUUGCACUUCUUCCUUCAGUACCAUCGGUUCCUGAUCAUAUGCCACCUCUUGAAAUGGUUGAAUAUCGACUAAAAGUUAGUUUAAGGAAAUAACUGGACACACUUGAAAGGAAGUCUAUCUAAGAAUACUUAUUAUAGCAGUAUUUACACUACAGGCAAGUUAAAAGCCAUCUAAACAUUCAAUAAAAAAUUGACCCACUAACCCAUGGCCGUCGAUUCCAACUCAUAGCAACCCUACAGGACAGAGCAGAACUGCCCCACAGAGUUUCCAAGGAGCACCUGGGGGAUUUGAACUGCUGACCUUUUGGUUAGCUGCCAUAGCACUUAACAGCUAUGCCACCAGGGUUCCCCAGUAAAGGAGUAGUUAACCUAAUUAUAGUAUAUCCAAAUGAUGACAUUAUAAAGUACUUUUUUAAUUUUUAAUAUAUUUCCAAAUAUAAAAAGUUUUUCAAUAUUAAAUGACAAAAGCAGGUAACAGUAUAAUCCCUACAAGAGUGUUAACAGUCAUUAUACCCAGAUAAGUGGGAUCAUGUGUGGGUUUUUUUUUUUUUUAAUAACUCAUCUGCAUGUUUAUAUUUACAAUGAAUGUUUAUUGUGAAAUAAUAAAAUGAAUUUGGGUACAUUUAAAAAUAUCCUGAUUUUUGUAUUUAAGUUUGGGAGAACUAGAGUGUAUUGGAUCUUGAAAAAAUAACAGUUUUCUAUAGUGGUUAAAGGCUGGUUUUUGAAAUUUCAUUAUUAAAGUGUAAAAUCUAAACAUUUUUAAAAUAUAAAUUCUCUUUAUGAAAUUCCCACUGCUGAUAAUUCACAUAAGCUGCAUUUUAUGAUUUUAUGAUGUUAAAGUUUCAUUCCUAAAUUACAUAUUUAAUUAUCAAUAUGUUUCUUUACCUUAGCUCCGAACUCCACAAGAUUUGCUAAAUUCUGCACGGACUUAGCCACUAAUAUCAGUGUUCUUGCAGCAAUAGGUGAUGGGGAAUCUAAAAGAAAAAUGGGCACAGUUAAUGACACCAAUUCUAAAGGUACUUUCCAGGUAAACCAUUAUAAAUGUAACACUUUAAUGUUUCUUUUCUGUUAAAAUACUAACAUUUUUCCAUUCAGAACUUGUGUUUUUUUUAAAAUAUCUGACCUAGAUAAGUCAACAGAGCUUCAGUUAAAAAAGAAAAAAUGAAUACACUUACCAACGCUUCUAGUUUUGUCAAAAAGGUACUAUAAAACUCAGCAAUCCCCAACUGGUUGAUAAUAUUUCAGAUUAUUUCAAAGCUUUAUCUUUAUCACUAAAAAGACUAUCGCUCCACACUCCCUUCAGGACAAUUCACAAAGCUAAUUUUAACCCCCUCAGGUUAGCAAUUUGUAAUCAGAGCAAUUCCCUGCUUACAACCUUCAAUGACUACAAGUAAUUCACUCUAAAGCUCAAGAGUAAAGGUAAAGUCUGGAACUUCUGCUUUAUUUUGAGGGAAAAAAACAUGAACUUUAACAACAGGUCAGUCAGGAGGCAUUUUCCUAGAGAAUGUAUAUACUAUACUGGGAUAUAAAUGGUAAGUGUCUGUGGCUAUUAAAUUUAAGCCCUGAAACUUAAGGUUCUUAUUUAACAGUAAAAACCCACAUAGUCUACUUGACUGCCUGACUUUAGAUCAUAUAUUCUGUAUUUUAACCAGCAACUAUAAAUAGUGUUGCCUAUUGGUCCAGAGGCCAACAUUUAGAUAAAUCUAUCCAAAAGGAGUUCAAACCCUUAUUCCUAAGAGAUUCAGCCAUUUUAGUACUGGUAGAAGUCCAUUAGAGAGAUGCUGACAGCUAUAAGUUAUUAUUUUCCAACUUUGAGCUUCAAAUUAUUAAGAUAAAAAUGGUUCAGGUUCCUUCUGUUAAGUAAUGGAUCUUUAUCACAUUCCACAUCACAAAUUUCACUCUUCUCAAAGCCUGGAAGUCAUUCCAUAAUAGACAUAUAGAUAAUAAGCAAAACCAAUUCUGGUUUAUUAGAGUUUAAAAUUGCCAAUCCACAUUAUAAAACUGGUAACAAAUCUCUAGUGGGGAAAACCAGGGCCGCUUUCUUCAUAAAUACUCCUAGAGCACUACGGCAAUGACAGAUAGAAUUUUAAUUUGAUCUUAAGCCCCAACUUGCAAUUGUACUGACAAAGUGUCUAACAUGGGGUAUUGUGCACAGAAAGCUCUUCCCAACUUGGAAAACCAAGUUGCAGACUGGAAAAAGUCAUCAUAAUGAGAGUUGGAGACACAGGUAAGGGUGGAAAAAAAGUGGAUGUGUCUCAUGCCAUUUCAGGCUUCAGAUAUUAGAUGGAAAGAAAAGCUAAAGAAAGAAAAAGAAGAAGAAAAGAGAAGCGUGCUUUGGAAUGCUUUAUAACCACCUUAGAAAUCAAUAACUAAAAAAUCAGAUUUAAUAGGAAAAUCCAAGUAUUCUUACUAAGCAGUAUGAAACUUUAUUCUUUUUUAAUUUCAAAAUUCAUCAAAAGCUGAUUACCUGAGAUGAUAUUAAACAUCCGUGGAUUCAGGAUAGCAGGACAGAUAAGUCGAAGAAAAACAAAACCACUGAAUGGGAGGGAAAUUUUUUUCUUUAGAAAAUUACUGCAUAUAUGUUAUAUUUAUAUAUAUAUAUAUAUACACACACACACACACAUAAAAUUUUUGAAGUAUAAGAACCAAAAAUUUUACUUUGAACUACAAGGAAACCCACGUACAGACAGCUUAAAAAAAAAAAAAAAGUCAUAAGCCAAAGUAUCUUAUUUUAAGAACAUAUAUAAAUGUUUCUUUAAAGUAUUAUUCACUUUUCCCAAAUUUAGAAUUUUAGAUUUACUCUGGGAAGAUGUUAAAUCUAUAGCAUUUACUGUCUUGACCAUUAUUUGUUCCAGACUAAUGGAGUCCUUGGGUUGUGCAAAGAGUUAAUAUGCUUGGCUGCAAACUAUAAAAGGCUGGUGGUUCGAGUACCCAAGAGGUGCUUCAGAAGAAAGGCCUGGCAAUCUACUCGCCCCCACCCCAUCACAUCGUUGGAAAGCCUAUGUAGCGCAGUUCUACUCUGACACACAUGAAGUUGCCAUGAGUUGGAAUCAACUUGAUGGCAACUGGUUAGAAGUACAUUUUAUACUCACUCUGAGGAAGCAGUGUCCUUAGGAACUCUGAAAUUUUCUGAAAUACUACAUGAGAACUAGUAAACCUUUUUAUAGCUACAUAGUCCUGUAAUGGUCCAAAACUUCCAUUCUCUCUUAUUUAUUUAAAGAAGAGCCGGUAAAGUCUGCUGUAAAUCAAGUUGGUUAUAUAUAUUUUGUUGACGUGUCACAUGAAAAUAAGAAUCCAUUACAGUAGGAAAAACAUCGUUUUUUGAUAAAUGAAAAUGUAUACUAUAAAAUGCUGAAAAGUUUUUAAAGUAAUAAAGAAAAAGGCAGGCUUUCUAAAAUGAAAAAAUUGUUACCAAAUCACAAAAUAGUAAUAACAUGUAAGAAUUCAUAUAAAAGCACACAGCAUAGCAACAACUGUGAAAUAUGAUUUUACUUUGGGAACAAUGUAGUAAUAUAAAAAUGCAAGCUUAGAUAAUCUUACUCUGCCUCCUUUAGUCAAUGGUAAAGAGUAUGUCAUCGUGUAAUUUUUCUCUAAUUUCCUUUUAGAAAUUAGGUAAUAGUUGACUCUUACCCCUUGUAAAGACAAUCAUUAUUCCCAAAAUAGUUUAUAAAAUUCCUUCUAGUUAUUAAAAUAAUUGGUAGGGUCUCUGUUCUCUGUGUGAAUAAUUCAUUUUCUAAGCAUUUAUCUUUGAACCUAUGACAGUUUGCUAAUUCUUGGACUCUUAGAAAGUGAAUGUUAUUUCUCAGACAGCAUUUAUAAUAAUUAUAUAACAAUUAUUAAGUCCUUAAAUUUGAAUUUCUUUUAAUUUAUGAAGCUUGCAUACAUUUUGCUGGAAAACAUUUUGAUACUUAAGUAGGUCUUUGAACAUGAAACACGGCCUGACAAUAUGAAUGAUAAAGAUGUUCAGUGUGCCAACCUACUUUCUGUGAGUUUUUAGAGGUGAUAUUAAAUUUGAGAGGAACACAAUUACUUACACAUAUUAAAAAGUUUACUAGGGACAGAGUUCAUCACUACGAGCAUAAAUACCCCUUUAAAACACCAUGUCCAUCAACCAAUCCACAUAGUAGGAUUUCUUGCUGUUUGCUUAACAAUUGUACUUGUUAGAAACUUAUAGUUUAUACAAAAGUUUUUGUUUAUAUCACACACACAACUGCGCUAAAGUGUUAAUAACUUGCUUGUAUGCUUGUAAUUUUCUCUUCCUCCCAAUCACUGCUAAAAUCAAGAAAUACAGAGUCCACAACUCUUAUAUAUUUAUAACUGACCAAAAAUAGACUUUACCUACAAAAAGAGAAGCCCCUUUAUAAAAUUUAGACUGUGGGCAACAUUAACAUACAUUUUCAAAAUUAAUUGUAUCAUACUAGCAUCUUUUUUGGUGGUUGCCUAAUUUUUUAUGGGACAUAAUGAAUUAUUCUGAAACUGCUGUAUUCGUCAAUACUUUUCCAUUAAACUUCCAAUUGCCUUGAAUGGGUUGGGGUCUGUAUCAAGGAAAGCCUGCAACAGUGUUAAGGAUAACAGGUUGGUUUACAAGCUUUGCCUUUAGUUCUGCCCUCCUCACUAACUUUCUGUAUAGCCUUAGGCAAGCACUUCAACCUCUCCAGAUCUACUUCCUCAUUGGAAAAAUAAGUCAGAAUAAUAAUAGUGAAGUCCCUUUAUAUAAGCGCCAGAAUUUCAUGACCCGCCAAACCAGUUCUUUCUUAUUACAUACAAUGCGCAGAGUGAGACAUGGGAUCUGGCUUCAAAACUAGAGAACUAGAGCUUCUGAAAAUCAGCAUGGAGUUGCAGGCUAUAUUACAAACCAAUCUAAAUUGUUCCACUCUCAAAUAGUUAACUGAUAAUAAAUGAACAUUCGGUUUUUAAAAAACAAAAGAUAGCUAAGUAUCUCAUAGUAACUUAUAAAAGUUAUAGAAUCACUUGAACUCAACAUUCAACAAGACACUGACAUAAAAGUCAAAGAAAAGGGCCUUGAAUUGUAUACUUUGUACUAUUCUUCUUCUAAUUUUCAAAAUUAACCACUCAACUAUUAGUUUGUGCUAUAUACAGUAACAUCACAAAUGAGUUGACUAGCCUUACCUAACAACUCUGGUUCUCAUGGUGGUAUUUGUAGGCCACUUGUGCUGAACAGAUUUUUGUAAACACCCAUAAAUAUAUCUCAGUGUCCUGCCAAAACAACACAAUCAUCUCAAUACAGAAAGCAAGUGAAAAUAUUAAUCUCAUUGCAGCCAAGAGUUAAAAUGAGUGAAGCCAGUUAACUAUCAACUUUCCCAAAUAUACCACAUUUUAACGCAAUGGCCUUUUCCCCAAAAAAAGUAAUGUGCGCAAAGUAAUGAGAGUCAUAUUUAGCAAGGGAUAAGGAAAACUUAAAUAUUUUUAUCAUCAAUUUAUUUAGCCAGCAUCUUAACAUUUACUCUGGAAGAAAUUUUGUCAUUUCUAGACUACUUCUUUAUGAAUGAAAAAUAUGAAACAAGUAUUUGAAACAGGGACUAAGGAGUCCAAGUUUCGGGGAGAUAGAUUUUGGCUUAAGGUAAAAGUUAACCUCUACCUGAAAAAAUGAGUUCGCUAACACUGGAAGCCUUUAAGCAGAUACUGAGUGAUUAUCAGUUAUAUAUGAUAACUAAUUAGUAAAAUUUAUUUAUUAGUAAAAAUUGACAAGAAAUUUCUUCAUGAUUUGAAGAUAUGCAAGCAUACAGUAAAUGGAUGGACAUGUCUUUUACAAUUCCCCUCAAAUCUGAGACUAUAAGCCUCUAUUCACUCCCCAAGUUACUACAUAAAUCAGACAUACUGGCUUGUAUAAAAACAUGGUUUGUUUUAUUUUAAUGGAGAUCAUUUCAUCUGGUUUCAAUUCACUUUUCCUUAAACACAAUUCAUCAUGUAAAGAUUAAAAACCAUUAAUUUUUAAGAGUCUAAUAACAUCAGGACAAUGGAAAAGCUUUCCACAUGUUUUAGAAAUAAAAACUUUUCAAAAUGCAGAUAUACAAUCUCUUGUCAAAUUAAAAUUUCACCACUUACGGUGGAAGUAUUUCUGAAGCCAUGAAUAUUUUCUCCACAAGCUCUGAAAGUAUGUUCAAUAGGUGUGCUAAAUUAGUGUUCACAUCUUCAUUUUUUUCUAACUUUGAUGGACUUAACUAAGAGAAGGAAUAAAUCAACAUAAAUCCAUCUAGGCAAUGACAAAUACAAAUGAAUAAAGGUAACCAUGCAAUUGUAGUUUUCACUACUAUCUUUCCAUCUUUUAAUCUUUUUUUUUAAACAGGAAUUUUUAAAUAGUUUGCUCUAUGGAACUCCUUUCUAAUGGGUUUAUAACCAUUCAUUCCCUAUUAUCCAAUUUAAGAGCAAGGAGUGAGCAUACAACAAUUUUCAGUUCCUUUGGGACUAAUCCUAACCUUCCCUUCUAUUCAGUUAAUGCACUUUGCAACAGAUUUUUACAAGCACACAAAAUUGAACUAGACUUUAUUCAUUUUAAAUAAAAUAUUUAACAUAAUAUAAAUAUUUAAUAUAUUUAAAUAGAGUAUUCUCAAUGAGAAGACAAAAACCAGCUUUAGUGGCCACUUUUUCACAAAUACACAAGGAGUAUUUAAAUAGGAAGAGAGACUGCCAUACCAUUACUAUGAAACAAGCUUAAUUCUAUUUAUUUCAGAAAAUAACUGAUUGGAAUACAAAUGAGAGAUUUAUUUAAUACCAAAUGCUUUAGACAGAAUCAUGAACCUUUCUUAAAAACUUUUCCAGUAACCCCUGAAAAAUCGUGAGCUAGUAUCAAUGGAACGGAAACCCUGGUGGCAUAGUGGUUAAGAAUUCGGCUGCUAACCAAAAGGUCGGCAGUUCAAAUCCAUCAGGCACUCCUUGGAAACCCUAUGGGGCAGUUCUAUUCUGCUCUAGGGUCGCUAUGAGUCAGAAUCAACUCAACCACAAUGGGUUUUUUAAUCAAUAGAACAGAUUUAUCUAAAUUGGAGAGACCCCUAUCAAACUUGUUGCAUUUCUGUAUCAUCCUUCAUGGUUAAGCCAACUAUGGCAUUACUCCAGGCUUCCAACACUGAACUUCUAAUUUAUUCCUUUUACUAGUAAAAAUUAACAAUUUAGUGCAGACAUUAACAUUUGACAGCUGCCAAAGUACAUUAUCAAAAGCAAUUCCUCAUUUUUUUGUAUCACAUCUAAAAAGUAUAUUUAAUAUCUUCCUUCUCUACUUGCUUUACCUUCAAAAUAAAAUUAGAGGAUAGUCAUAUAAGUGAGAUUCCACUCUUUAUCUUAAUGGUUUAUUUUGAAUUUAUACUGAAGCCUUAAUUAAAGCUAACAGGAUGCUUUUGUUUGCCUUCUUUUGGGGGUCAUCUUGGUGACUCCCCCCAAAAAACUUUCAAGACAAACCUAGAUGUUAUGAAGUGCUACACAGAACUUUACCAGGUUAUACGAUAAAAGUCUCUAGCAAAACCUUCAAUUUAUGUUAGUCCCACUUUUGGAAAGCAGCAUAUAUACUUAUCGUUAGUACAGUAGGGGAAAUGAUAAAGUACUUUUAUGAGUUUUUGCUGCAACUUGUUUUUAAUCCUAGAAUAACAUACAUCCUUUUUAAAAAUCUGUUUUCCAUAAAUGAAUUAUGGAAGAUACAAUUGCUCUGAUGAGUAAUUUUACAAAGCUAAUAUUUUCCUUGAAAUAUAAUUACCUAUUAAAAUAUGCUCUCUGCUGAAAUACUUAAGACAUUAAAUUCUUACCUCACAAGACUGCUUGCUUUCCAUUAUUUUUAAAAUAGAGUCUUUCAAAGCAUGAUGAACAAACUGUGUAGCAGUGGCUUUCAUAUACUGCUCCAUCAAGGUGCUUGCAAGUGUUGUGGCUCGAAAUAGGGUAGUAGCUUCAUCUACAUAAAUGUUUACAUUAAAGUUUUAAUUGUAAAGGAUUGUACUAACAUGAACCAAAUUGAGAUGAAAUGAAUUCACUUUUCCUCAACUCCUAUACAAUUACAGCUAUUUAAAUGCUUUCUGUGACACAAAUAUUGAUUUUAAUGACAUCCUAUAUUUCUACAGAUUUAACUCCACAAAAAACCUUCAUAUCCAUUACCUCACUAGAUCUUAAACAGGAGAAAAAGGAUUUAUACCCCCCCAUGUUCACAUGAAAACAAACAAAACCAAAGGCUCAGAAUGGUUAAGUGACUUAUCUAAGAUCAUAAGCCAGUUAGUAACAAAACCAGGACCAACCAGAUCCUAGCUUUGCUGCCCACUGAUCCCAUGCUUGUAAAAAUUUGCAUUAAUUCCUCAAGUAAUAUAACAUAAAACCCUAGUUUAAGUUAAUUUGUUAACCUGAAACAUGACUAUUAAUAACUUUUAAUAAAAUUUUACUAAAACAUGGACAUUACAGAAAAAAAGACAAUCUCAGUUUUACCACCACUUAAUCCAUUCCUUGAUAAAUCCAUAUAUUUAUACAUAUUCUAUGAUUAUAAGGAAAUAGGUCUAGACUUUAUAGUUUACUUGGGAAACGUAGAAGCAAGCAUUGUUAAUGAGCCAGAGUGGUGAAUGAGCCAAGAGGAGGGGGAAAACAGGUUAUUCUGACGUAUUUGUGAGGCACAAAACACUGCGUGUCCAUCUAUGGGGCCCGGGAGCUACCAAUCUAUAGAAGCUACAAAUAAAAUACAGAUGACACCCAACUACUGUGCAGUGAAUAAGUAAAAAACAAGAGAGCAUGGUAAGUAUAUCAAAUUAUUCUUGCUAAUCAAUCAUUAUAGCCACUGACCUGGUUUCUUUUUAACAUUAAUUUGCCAUGAUAGAAAUCUCUAUUAGAAAUACUAGCCUCCACUAUUAGCCAGUGUAAAAGUCAAAGCUAGCAUCCUGGCUGCCAUUUUUUAUGAAGGAAAAAGAGAAUAACUUAUUUUGCAAAUGAUUUAACAAGAUAUUCAAAGAUAAAGUCCAUAUAUACUUUAUAUAUAAAAUCUAACCCAAUUUUUAAAAGCAUCAUACUAACGCUCAUACUGUACCUUCCAUGCUUAUUUCUCUGUCAUUUAGUGUACACAGCAACAAUGAUUCAAGCUUUUCAUGAAGAAAAAUCCUCAGUAGGAUGCUAGCCAGUAGUGUUCGGUCUUGUCCACAUACAUGUGAUAAAGCAUAUACUACAUGAAGUUCCUUUUGCAGUAUAAGCUAAAAAUGACAUCAAAAAAGGCCGUUUAAAGUAGAGCAUUAAGCAUUCUCAGUGAUACUAACAAGAAAUAUAUCUUGAAUAUGUUCUUAUAUUUAGAAAUAAUGUUCUAUUGAAUACAUUAUUAAAUACAGAAUGUGUUUGUAGUCUUAUUUCUAGUCUUAGGGCCAACAUCAUACUACUAUAAGAGCCUUGCUUUUUAGCCUUCUCUGACUGUCCAUUUGCCACUCAGCUAUGAAAUUAUUGUAUUUAACUUAAUGAAUCUUUUAUUAAAUGUUCAAUGUUUCUGUUAAUAAUGCCAUCAAAAACAGACUGGUAAAUAAUUUAAUACCUCUUUAAAUUCACUGUACUCUUCUUCUGGCAUGAUUUUUUCCAUAGAAUAUCGUGCUCGGACACGCAAGGAUCCUGGUUCAAUACCUUUUAACGGUAUGUGGGAGCUGAGCAGAAACCAUUCAUCUGUGGCAUGCCCUUUCUGUAAUCGACUCAACUGGCAACGCAUAAAUACUUUGAUAGAAAAACAUGAUCAAAUGAUUACCGUCUAAAAAGAUGACACUAUAAUUAGUCACACAAGUGAAUUUCCUGAUGUUCA